AUGGGGCCCGGGCUGGGGCUGCGGCUCCUGCUGCUGCUGGUGCCCGCGGGGCUGGGGGCUGCCGCGCGCUCCGCCGUGCCCCGGACAGCGAGACCCUUCCCGGAGGUCCAGCAGAUGGUUCAUCGCUUCUCCCAGGAGGCCAUUUCCAACUACAGCAUCUUCCUGGUGGCCCCGCAGACCAGGACUCUGUACGUGGGAGCCAAGGACGCCAUCUUUGCCCUGCCUUUGGAGUCAAUCAACCAGCCUGCCAAAAUGAUCUCCUGGGAAGUGCCUAAGAAUCAUCAAGAUUCCUGCACAAGGAAGGGGAAAAAAGAGGCAGAGUGUCACAAUUACAUCCGCAUUCUGGAGUUUGCUGAUGAGAGCCACCUCUUCACCUGCGGGACCUUUGCUUUUGAUCCACAGUGCGGCUUCAUUAAAGUGGCCAAUUUCAGCAGUGUGGAGCGGCAGGAAAGUGGCCGGGGGAAAUGCCCCUUUGAGCCUACGCAACAGUCAGCAGCCGUAAUGGUCGAUGGUGUCCUGUAUGCUGCCACUGUCAGCAACUUCCUGGGGACACAGCCCAUCAUCUCCAGAGCAACAGGAAACCUUGAGGAGCGCAUCCGGACAGAGAUCUCAGUGACCUGGCUGAACGACCCAGUCUUUGUGGGCUCCACUUUCCUGAGAGGGGGCGAGAGUGGAGAGGACGACAAAAUCUAUUUCUUCUUCACGGAGACAGCCAGAGAGUAUGACUUCUAUGAACAAGUGAAGGUCCCACGCGUGGCCAGAGUCUGCAAGGGGGACUUGGGAGGCCUGAAGACCCUGCAGAAGCGGUGGACAACUUUCCUAAAGACCCAGCUGGUUUGCUUGGAUCCAGAGAGUGGAACCAACUUCAAUCUACUGAAGGAUGUAUUUAUCUUGCACUCUGUAAACGGGACUUCUGCAGUGUUCUAUGGUAUCUUCUCAGCCCAGAGGGACGGCGGGCAGGUCUCAGCUGUCUGUGCCUACAGCAUUCGGGACAUCCAGAAAGCCAUGAAUGGCCGUUUCAAGGAAUUUAAACAUGACUGUGACAAGUGGACAAGUGUCAUGGGUGGGGAUGUCCCUGAGCCACGGCCAGGCGCAUGCAUUACCAAGAGCAUGAAGCUGGCUGGCUUUGGCUCCUCGCUGGCGCUGCCUGACCGUGUUCUGACAUUUGUCCGAGAUCAUCCUCUCAUGGACCAGGUUGUUCACCCGCUGGAAAUGGGGCCCGUGCUGGUCAAGCUGGACACACAGUACCUCAGAAUUGCAGUACAUCGUGUCAGAAGCGUCUCUGGGCAGGAAUAUGAUGUGCUGUACCUGGGGACCGAGGAUGGACAUUUGCACAAAGCAGUGAAGAUUGCCCAAAAAGCUGUCAUUAUUGAGGAUCUGACACUGUUCCCAGAGCCCCAGCCAAUUCAGAACCUGCAGCUCUACCAGAGCUGGUUGUAUGUAGGGUCCUCUACUGAAGUGACUCAGGUCAACACAACAGACUGUGAGCGAUACAAGAGCUGCAUCGAGUGUGUCCUGGGCAGAGACCCCUCUUGUGCCUGGAGCAGAGAGCUGGCUGCUUGUAUACGCCACCAGGGACAAAGCGGGUUACUCCAGGACCUCACUUCUCUAAGCAUCUUAACACUGUGUCCACAGGGAACAGAAGAUGUGCCUGUUACAGUCGAGGUGCCAGUGUCCCUGGCUGCCCGGGUUGUGCUCCCCUGUACUCCACCAUCAGCCUGGGCAACCUGCAUGUGGCAGAGACCUUCCCAAGAUGCCACUGUGUAUGCCUUGCGCAGCGAUGGGCUGGAGUUCACAGUGACAGAGGAGACCCUUGGUGAUUACACCUGCCAGUGCAUGGAAGGUGGAGCAGGGGGUGUGGUCGCCUCCUACAGCCUGGUGAGGAGCAGCAGCUCUGCUAACACCUGGAAGACAACUGAGCGGAACUACAGUGUCCUGGUGGGACUCCUCUUGUUUUUCCUAGGCUUUGCUGCUGGCUCUGGCUGCUUCUUCAUCUACGACAGGAAGCGACGGGAGCGACUCCAGAGGGAGCUGCUCAGCCGUGAGAGAAAUGGACUGGAUUUGAUGCAGUCGAAUACGACUAGCUGCAGCCAUGAGCCACACACGCCCAGCUCCCCGGAAGACGAGCGCCACCCACUGGCUACCACUAAGAAGAAUGGCAGCCUCAAUGGUUUCCCCCACCUCUACAUCAAUGAGCUGGACAAAGACCAAGCCCGGAUCUACCUGACGGGGGUUCCACUGGCCAAGUGCGAUGAAACCUCCAUUUAG